GGAAAUUAGUAGAAGUAUUGAGGUAAAAUUGUAAUUUGAUCAUUUAAAAAAACCCGAAAAUGAACCAAAUCACAAUUAAGGCGGGAGAUUACAGUUCUAAACACUCUGUUUUAGAGAGAGAAGAGAAUGCAUAUGAUAGACCGAGAAGGUGAGAAGCUCUCAUCUUCAUCUCCAUGAACUAAGAAAACCCUUGCGCUCAGAGCAGUGAGCUUGGAAAACACACGAGGAUACUUAAAUUUGGCUUUUCUUUGUAAUUUUCGGGUUUUACUUCUUCCUGGUUAUUAGUUUUUUUCUGAGGACUAACAGCAAUGGCGGAUCCAUACGGAGUAAACCCCCGUCAUCCACACUCGCUCGAAUCCGAGGACAUGUCUUCCUUUGUUCACAAUCUUCUCCACGGCUCGUCCGCUUCCGCUGCUGCUGCUGCCGGCGGCGGCGGCGGUCUCUUUGCUCGAUCAACGGCGGUGGCUUCCAACAACUUAGAGUCUCGGAUGAGAGAUGGAUCUUCUGCUGCUGUGGUAGAGUCGUCUUGUAGCCUUAAUUUAUCCGAUCCUUGCGGAUUUUACGGAGCACAAGUGAAGGAGGAUGCUGUGAAUGCAUUUUCUUCAGCUGGAAUUGGGGAUUGUGAAGCCAUCACUUCUUCAAAGGGGAUUGAGUUUGCACAUGAUAACAAGGUCGACGAUUUCGCUUUUACUCUUGAGGAUUGUGAAACUUCAGAUGCGCCAAGUAACCAGGUUCAACUGCGAGGAUCAAAGAGGAGUAGAUCAGCAGAGGUUCAUAAUUUGUCUGAAAAGAGGAGGCGGAGUCGAAUCAAUGAGAAAUUAAAAGCACUGCAGAACUUGAUUCCAAAUUCUAAUAAAACUGAUAAGGCAUCAAUGCUUGAUGAAGCAAUUGAAUAUUUGAAGCAGCUUCAAUUGCAAGUUCAGAUGUUGACAAUGAGGAAUGGAUUGAGUUUGUAUCCGGGCUAUUUCCAGGGAUCUCUCCAAUCAAUUCAACUGCCUCCAUCGGGGAGUGCAUUUGAUGAGAAUGUAAUUCCAAAAACAAGAGGAGCAACUAAUUUUUCUGGAAACCAAGAAAUUUCAAUGCAGAACAGGUUUGAAAUCUCCCACCAGAAUCCUUCAGCCCAGCAAAAUGUAUCCUCUAUGAAGAACACCACUAAUUCAGAGAGUCCCCUAGUCUUUGAGACACCAAUGCAGAAUCAUUAUGGGAUGCUUAACCAUUUGGCUUCUACAAAGGAUAUAUGCAGGAAUGAUUCAUUAUCAAGGCUGCAUUUAGACAUGAGUUGCUCCGGGAACAAUUCAUCACCAGGUGUCUCUUCUUCUUAGUCAAUAACUUACAUAAUUGAGCUGUUGUAGCUGGUGAACUUAUCAAUUUGUUCUUAUUCCAUACUUUAUUUCCUGCUCAAAAAAAGAAUCUGCAAAUUCCUAUAUAUGUAUGUGAAUCGAUUCUCGUCUCUAACGUCAUGCAAAAGAUUAAAAUUUUCCGGUUGGUGCUUGUCCUCA